UUUGGCCAUCCCUAAAUAAACAUAAUCGUUCCGUGCGUCUCCGCUUUAGCUCUUCAGCCAUACAUAGUCUACACUUUUUAUUAGUCUAUAUAAAGCAGUCUCUUCAACUGCUCUGAGGCUAAGUAAGAUUGAUGUGAGGUCACAGCCAUGGCGGAGAAGGUCGUCACAACAAUGAUGGUGCUGAAGGUUGUUGAUCUUCAGUGCUGUCGCUGCUACAAGAAGGUGAAGAAAGUUCUAUGUAAAUUCCCACAAGUACAAGACCAGAUAUACGACGAGAAGCAAAACAAGGUGACAAUCAAAGUGGUGAGCUCCUGUCCCGAAAAGAUUAUGCAAAAGAUACGCUGCAAGGGUGGUAAAUGCAUUAUGUGCAUUGAGAUCAAACCUCCACCUCCUCCGCCCCCGGGCCCGAAGCUUUCAACUCCUCCUGCCCAGAAGCGGGAUAAGACUCCUCCACGGCCUCCUCCGCCGCCUUGCAAGGUCCCUGUGUUUAUACCGGUUUGCUUACCACCUUACCCGAUUGAUGUGCGUUGCAAACCAUGUCCUGGCCAGCCGCUCCCUUGUUCUUGUGGUUGUGGUGGGUCUAGGGGUUGCAACGUGAGCCGCCAGCCGCUCCCCUGUUCUUGUGGUUGUGGUGGGUCUAGGGGUUGCAACGUGAGCCGCCCUGGCCAGCCGCUCCCCUGUUCUUGUGGUUGUGGUGGGUCUAGGGGUUGCUACGUGAGCCGCUGUGAUUACUUUUGUGAAGAAAAUCCAUCAGAAUGCAGAGUCAUGUAAAUGGAAGUGCAUGCUUGUUUCCUCUGUUAUGCGUUGUUAUACGUAUAUGGGUCUUCUUUACUCUUGCUUCAUAGGAUUAGAAACUAUUAGUAAGGUUUAUGAGUGCUACAUGAAGUUGUAAUCAUGACUUUUAAAUAAAAGAAGUUUCCUAGCUAAUUAAUAACUAAAUUCUAUCAUC